UAGUAAUCCGUAUCGCACGUGAUCACCAAUCAAGAAAUUUUGGCGGGUGCAAGUAAAAGUUCAAGAUCCAAAGAUCGCGGAACCUCGAACAGAGGAUCACGACCACUCCCGACGCCGUUGUUCGCAUACGGAACCCGGGACAGCAGCCGAGAUGAAGCCCAGAAGAUAUCACGGUCUGAAACGGCCAAAACUUCGGCAAAGUUGGAACAAAUACAACCUCUUCAACAUAUGGCGUACCAGAGACCCGAAGCUCGGAAAAGGCGAUCAAGAAACUUUCUUCCAGCAAAAAUGGAAGGCAAAGGGUAUGCUACGAAGCUACCACGGUGAACACGUCGUCGAGCGGAAGUGGGUGCGCAUGUUCAGCCGCCGCUUGCUAAGUGUCGCCGAUAUGGACCCCAAGUAUAUGGCCAAGUAUGAUGGUUCCGAAUUAGCCGCAGGUAGAGGAUCUGGCAAGGACACGCCGCCGAAUUGGUCGGAAACCGUUAUAAAGAAACCUAUCCCGACCCCUUACAUGCAGAUGACAUUUGCGCCUAUGGAGAGGAGAUUGGAUAUCGCUGUUUUCAGGGCUAUGUUCGCAAGUAGCGCAAGACAGGCAAGACAGUUCUGUGUCCACGGCGCUGUUAGGGUCAAUGGCAAAGUGAUGCCAUACCCCGCCUACCGUCUUAAUCCCGGCGACAUGUUCCAGGUCGAUCCUGAACGUGUCUUGUACGCAACCGGCAUCCCGAAACCGGAUCCGAACAAGUCGAAGGGCAAGAAAGCUUCGACCGAUGGUGCUAAGGAGGAAUCUGAGGAGCCAGUAGAAGAGGAGGCGGAGGCGGAGGCGGAGGAGGAGGUACAAGCAGCCGCCGAAGGAGAAGUCGCCGAAGCCAAAGAAGCAGAGGCGGUAGAACAAGACCCCGACACAACCGACGCGCCAGAACCGGUCAAGGUAGAUAUGAAGCCGACGCAGAACCAAAUACGGGAGAUAGUUCAACAAGCCAAGACUCUACUAAACGAGGAUGGCGAUCUUGGUGCGCACCAGAAGCAGCGGCUACGAAAAUUCAUCAAGGAUCUACGCCCUCUGACCUCUCGCGCCAGCCGCGCCGAUGCCUCCCCGAUAGAGAUCGCCUCCGAGCUCUCAGACCUAGUCUCGGGGCUCAAUAUAUCUGGCUCCUCUAGCGAGGACGCCCCAGCCGCAAGGGAACAGUCUUCAUCGACGGAUUCUUUCAACGACCUUAGCAAAUUAGAGCUCGAGAAGCUGGAGCGGCGUGUGGCCGAAUACCUGCGCGAGGAGGAGGACAACCCAUGGGACCCUAGCAAGCCGUACAAGACACCUUGGCGGCCGCGCAACUACAUGGCGCCCUUCGCCUUCAUCCCCAAGUAUCUCGAAGUCAACCACAACAUCUGCGCUGCCGUCUACCUACGGCAUCCCGUCGCAAGGGUCGGUAGCGCCGAGGUCCCAACGCCCUUCCCCGAACCCGUCAACCAGCUGGCUUUCAACUGGUACCUGAGAAGAAGGUAAAGUGGUAAAAGAAAAAGGAAAAAAAAAACCGAGGCUUAAGUUGGUCUGCUACGGCCCUGCGGAGAAAGGGUCUAUAACAUUGGCUUGGUCCGAACCUAGAACAGACUAUAUGAGACGUAGUCAGCCAAUAUACCGGCACAUCUCGAUAAACAUACGUUGUAUAUUAUGAAAGCUUACGACCUAAGGAACUUCUCAACUUAGCUCGUUUGGCUGGCUACUUCGGGGCAGCUACAUCGGCGGCCUGGUAGGCGGAGAUCCUUCUCUGUGCAUAUACCUUUAUAGAGAUAGCAUGUACAAUAUGAUGUAUAUGGUCGCCAGCGAGCGUUAUCAUCCUUGUUGCCGGACUUCAUAGUAGUGCGUAGUAUUAUGCGGUAUAGACAUUGACAACACCACUCACAGGAAAUCAAGUUAUAACUUUGCUUAUAGUAGGUAGACCGAACAAUUCAAAAUACUUAAUACUAUGUACCAAGGUAGGGGGAGGAAUAUAGCAUAUAAGUACCUAUAUAUUCUCUAC